ACAUUUUGUGUAUUCCUUGGCAACAUUAAAAGAGCUUUAAAUCUGCGGAAGUUCAAAUAUCUUGUUUCAUUUUCUUGCAAAAUAUAUUAUAAAAUGACGACGCCGACGGUCAGUUUAGAAGAGUACUUUCGAACCAUGUUCGAGGAUAAACUUCUGGUGUAAGUUGUUAUCCUUACAAUAUGCAGUACAACUUAGCCUACUGUCACACAAAGAAGAGCCAUUAAUCAUUAAUAGUUAAUGAUUAAUACUAAAAUGAAUGUAAAUGUAAUUUAAAUUGGCAUUAGUCUUUAGUCUUUGUCUUUAGUUAUUAAGUUAUUAUACUAAAGAUAAACUUAAAGUUUAAGUCAAGUGUCUCUUACAUAGUUAUGCCUAGUAAACUCUAAAAGUGAAAGUCUAAGUCAUAAAAAGUACUUCUAAUAAAUAGGCCUAUGUGGAGAGUUCAUAGAUUUUUCUUAAACAAUUGGGACCAGUAGCUUACUAGUGGGGGUUGGUAUAGUGUAGGGAGUGACCUCCAUUAUCAUUAGCUUCAAAUAUUGUUUAAAGUUUUAAAGUGAUAAUCAAUACUAAUUAAUAUUAUCAACAUUAUAUAUAUAGGCCUAUAUAAUAAAUAAUAGAUUUGUGUGUGGGGGCCCAAUUUCAGGAGUUAGCCCUGGUUGCAUUUCUAAAAAUCUGAAAAGCCACAUCUUGUGUGUUGGCGUUGGUGUAUUUUAGGAGAGAAACACUAUUCUCAUACUUGCAUUUUCUCACUUGAAUCGACUUUCUUAUUAGAAUAUUACUGAAUGUAAUGCUAGCAUUAAACUUGUACUUCUAUCUUCACAUAGGAAAAGGUGGUCAUAGGUUGCAGGCGGAACAUUUCCAGGACUAAUAUUAAAAAAGACCUAAAAUUUACAUGCCGAUUUAUUCAUAAAUAAGUGCACCUUCCUUUACACCAGCUUAGAAAUUGAUGUUGCUAAUUGUAUCUUUAGUUGGUUAAAAAAUAUGUUAAAUUUACUGAUGCCUAGGUUUUGUUUUGGCGUCCACCCAUCACAAUGUGACGAGGGUGUACACUUUGCAAGACAAAAUCAUAAGGCCUGGGAUAUUUUCUUUAGGAGGAUAAACUGGUGCCCUAAACGCUAAAUCACCUCUGCAGGCAUCUGGUGAACCCAAUGGAAGAUUGUGUGUGAAUGAUAAAGUAAAGCUUGGCACCAUUAGUGUUGCAGGAGUUGCCAGAAUUUUUUGUUGAGACAUACUGCCUACGGGACUCUAAAUCUGGGUUUGAAUUUAGAGUUUUCCUUCUUUUAGAUGAGAAGCCAUCCCAUCCACCCGGGGAGCUGGGGAUGUUUUUGCUUGUCUUUUCUUGUGUUGAGCUGGGAAUUGAACUCAAGUCCACAAGCUUGAAAUUUGACGCAAUUAUGAGCAGCCAUCAUAAAUAAAAUAAAAUAUAAUUAUAUUUCCAAUAAUUAAAAGAGGGUAUUUUAAGACAUUUCAGAAAUUGUAUUCAUGUUUAGAUUUGUACAAAAGGAAUGGUAACACCAAUAAUAAUAAUAAUAAUAAUAAUAAUAAUAAUAAUAAUAAUUUGAAAAUCAAGCUUCAUCCCCAAAGGUACAAAGUCAUCCAUAUUAAAAGAGAAAUGAAAAAAUCUAUAUUUUACCACAUUGAAAUACAAAACGCAACAUUACAAAAACAUCAUACAAGAAUACCCAUUCUAAGUCUUUCGUCCCUUGCGUCCAUAAAUAACACAGGCCACUAUACAUCUAGGAGAUAAUAGCUAGCUUGAAAAGAUGGUAGCCAACAGGUGUUUGCGAAAUAGAUAUGUUUUCAAUUCGGUUUUGAAAGACUCCAGUGUCUGGCUGUUUCUGAGAGCGAUAGGAAGUGUGUUCCAAAUUGUUGGGCCAGCAAAUGCGAACGUGAGCCUUCUCUGGCUGUUUCUGGGAGCGAUAGUAAGUGUGUUCCAAAUUGUUGGGCCAGCAAAUGCGAACGUGAGCCUUCCAUAAGUCUCAUUCUAGUUUGGAUGUUUUUAACCCCCCCCCCCCCAACCCCAUCAUCACCAAUUAGUAACACAAAAUAAACACUUUUAUCACACGUCAUCAAAUUCGUGACUCCUCCUUCGCUGACACGUGACGUCGUUUAUGGGUGGCUUUAUCGAUAGGGAUUAGUAAUCAAGUAUUCUAAUGAUACCCUGUAUAACAUUUGCUUUUUAGAUCAUAGAUCAUUCAUGGACUACCCCUACACAUAUCUAAAGUUGCUUUGAGUGGACAAAUUACAAUAGUCAAUACUAUUGACAAUGUGCUUAACUAUUUAUUUUCACUAGUACUGAAAUGAUUGUUUAGUAACAUGAAUAUUCUGAUCACCAAUACAAAUUAAAUUUAAACAACCAAGCUAAACAUAGUUUAUGGGAUGUACCAAUAAGUGAAUGCCAAAGUCAUGUACAAAGUAUGUGAAAAAGUAUCAUAUUUGAAAUGCUCAAUAACUUCAAAUUAAAAAAAAUAAAAACAAUAUUUGUAUUUUAGAAAAAUGCCAGAGAGAGAGGAUGAUCACCUCACCCCAGCAACUCGACUGUUAGAGAAAAGGCGGGAAAUGGCUGAAGUGGAGCAAGCCCUUGCAGCACAAAAGGAGGUAAAAUUGUCUUAGCUGUUAUGUAGAUUUACAAAGUAGUUUUUAUUUACUGUAAGAUAAUUUGUGUUUUUAAAUAUCAAGGCCAUUCAUUUUUUUAAAAGUUAAUAAUAAAUUUGUUUACUAUUUUUUCCAUAUUAGAAAUAAAAAGGAAUAAUUUUAAAACUUCAGAACUUCUCUACUUAUGUAAUAACUUUUUUUGGUUAAUUCACAACAUUAAAUAAAUGAAAGUUGGGAUACAAGGAAUUGAGGAGAACAAAAACAUAGCGACACAGUGGAAGGAGUUUAGUUGGAAUUAAAUAAAAAUAUGGCUAGCUCUUUAGCAGAAAUAGUGAGACACAAGGCAAUCACAAAAAACAAGCCAGUGCUCAAAUCCUAGCAGCUAGAAUCAGUCACUAAAAUACUAAUACCCAUUACACUAUAAAAUUCAAAUUCUGGCAAAGUGUGGUGAGCAAACCCUUUCACAAAAACAUUAGUAAGACAGACCUGAAAUUCCAUAAAAUUUUAACUCUGCUUUUAGCUCUAAAUAACAAAAAACAUAGAUGACAUAUAUGGAUUGGGCAAACUAUUGAUAAUUCUGUAUCUUAAAAAAGUUGGAAUUUUAAAUUAAAAUGUUCAACAACUUAAAAUAAAUAAUAAAACCAAUUUUUGAGGGAUCAGAAAUAAAAAUUAAAUUGUCAAUUAACUCUUCAUGACAGCAUAGAAAAUAUUAGUUAAAUCUUUUAACCUCAAUAAAGUAAUGGUUUAAAAAGAAGAAAAAAAGGAACCAAAGCUUCUGUAUUUUUCUUUAUGUGAUGCCAAUUUCCAUAAAAUAAAUUGAUGUUUGUGAACUAUUUUUAAAUUUCAGGAAUUUCAAAUGAAAAUGGAAAGCUUACAACAAAGGCGAGAGGAGCUUGAAAGGAAAGAGUUUCAAUUAAAAGAAUCAUUGCUAAAAUUUGACAAGUUUUUAAAGGUACAUUUCAUUCAAUUUUUAAACAUUGAAAACUUAAGUCAGUUUAGUUAUUCUCAAACAAAUUGAAACCAAAAACUUUUAAAUUUUUAUGUAAAGAGAAAGAAAUGUAAUUCCAACUACCAGUACCUUAAUUAUCAAUUUUAAAAUUAAACAAAGACUUAAGUUUAGAAAAUGUAAACAUCUUCAACUUGUUUCAGUUGGUAAACAAAACAUAUUCUCUCAUGUUGUAGAAAAUGGAAAACAACAUUCAUUAAAAAAAAAAAAAACUUGUUUGAUCCUUUCUAACAGGAAAAUGAUUCAAAAAGAGCAAGAGCAGUAAAGAAAGCCAAUGAUGAACGUGAACUUAAAAAGCUAAAAGACAGAGAGAUUGAUCGGUAAUAGAUCCUUUUUAAAAAAAUGUUAUUCGCUUUGUAAAUUUUACUGCUUCUUGACAAAAUUCUUUCAAUUCCUAUUGAACAGCUCUUGAAAUUUAAUCCCUCAGGUCCCUUAAUUUAAUUAAGUCACUGGGAAUUUUUAAAUUUUUUUAAUAGAAAAUUAAAUUUUCCAUUUGAAUCCUAUGCAUUACUAACAUUUAUUUACUUGUAAAACACGUAUUCCACUGCUUCAAUCUUAAUUCAAAGAAUACUGAAAAAAAUUUUGCACUUUACUUUGAUCUACUUUCUAUUUAGUGUAAAGGAGGAAACUGACGCUUACCAACGGCAAAAGGAAAUGCUUCAAAGAAAGUUGGAAAAAUUUACUAUUUUUCAUACAUACAUGGACAAAGUCCUGGAGGCUGGGGAAGAUUUUCAUGAAAUCAGAGAUAUUAUCACAAGGUGGGAUACACUCACAGCAACACACAUGGUAUGUUAACAAAAUUAAUUAAUUUUAUAUCUGAAAUGUGCAACAGAUUUAAGAUCAUAUCUGUAGAGUUAAUAUCUCUUUUACCCUCGAACUGUGGCAUGCAUCAUUCUGUGGUGUGGAGCUUUUCAGAGCUUUUUCAGUGCCUUUUGAAAUUGCAUUAAAUGACAUAGAAAUAUUGAUGCAAGACCCCAAUAAGUAUAUAUUUUUAGAAAGGUAAAUGGAUGGGGAUAAAGUUGGCCAUAUUGUAAAAAAAAAUGUGCUCAGUGUCCUUGACCUAGGAGUUCUCAAGAAAAUAAAAAUAGACAAAAUGUCUUGCUUUCGAGUGCUCAUAACAUCAUUAAUUUUUAUAGAUACAUCUAAAACACAAAUCUAAAUGUUGUAGCCAAUUCAUUUAUCUUUCAGAAAAUGUAUAGUUUGCUAAGGUUUUGAUUGCAAUUAAGCAUCUGAAAGCAAUUUUAGUAAUUUUAGUCAUUUAUAUAAGAAACUGGGACCACUGCUAAAACCAAGUACAAAAUACAAAAUCUCAGGCAAAAUAGUUAUUAUUGACUAGUAAACAUUUAAAAAGGAACGGUGGAACUGAUUUGUGUUGUUAAACUAUAAAAUGUAUUAGUUCUGAUCUAUAAUCUGUAGCUUCUGUGACUAAAAUUCAGUGAGUCCUUGCCCAACCUCCGGGCCUGGCUCGAAGUCAAACAGUAUCCCCAGUAGACUACUAAGUCUAGUAUCAGAUUCAGGAAAAGAAGAAUCUUAAGUGGGAUGUCAUGGGGAAUGUGAAAAUCAUCAUCAGUAUCACUUAAAUCCUCUCAUAAAAAGCUUUAAAAAAUAUUGAUAUUAGUUUUCGCACUAAGGUCCCGGCCAUAGCUUCCACCAUUUUUGCUUUAAAAAAACAGCGAUAUAAAAUUCAGAUUAAAAAGUACUUAUUGUUAAGUUAUCAAGAAACAGCUUGACCCUGAAGUUGAUUUAAUUAUUAAUAAAAGGAAAUGGCUAUGAUUUCGUUUAAAUAUUGGAUUGGAAGUUGCUAUUGGACCGUGUUUUUUAUCUGCCGAUUUUUUCGGCCGCCAUAACACAGAACGAGAAUAUCGGCCGAUUUCGUGGGCCGACCACAGUUUGAGGGUUAAUUCAAUUGAGUUGAUUAUUCACAGCUUUGUACAAAAUGUUCAACAUUGAAAGAAUAUUUUAAUUAUUAGUCAAUAAAUGUAUAAGUUUAUGUGCCAUAGAUUAAAGUGGGUUUUGGAAAUAAAGACAUGGCAGCAGCUUCAGGUUGUUUUAUGGUGUUGUCUAUAAAAGAAGUCCACAUUUUUCCCACCCCUCCCCCUUUUUUCCAUGUGGCUUCCUCCUCUCCAUGCUUACAGAAAUUUGCAGUGCAAAUUAGCCAGGAAGUAUUAUGCAUACUGGUGCUUAGGGCUGUGGGUCUGGAGAAAUUACAUAAGUUUAAUUAUUCUCCUGAAACUCUGACUCUCUAAUAUCUGUAAUAAAGCAUACAGUCACCUAAAAAUCUGUGACAUCUAUGAUAUUUAAUUUUUUUUGAAAGUCUUAAAAGAAAUCACCGCAAUGUUAUGUAUUUAUCGUCAUACUGUUGCUUUGUGUUUCCACUAGCUUAAUAGCAUUAUAGUAAUAAUUAAUUUUUAUGUGAUUCUGUGCCUGUGAUGUGAUUUGUGACAUAAUCAUUUAGUUGAGCUGAACCCAACAGCUGCACUGGUGAAAGAAACGUGGAUGAACCCACCACACAUAUUUCAACAUGCUAACAGCAGUGCAUCAAGUUUUUUUUUUACCCCAGGCCCCACUGAUCACUUAAAUGUUUUAAUGUCUGGGGGGGGGAAGCCAAUCUCAAUGCCACCUUAAAGAAAAUUAACUUUACAUUUUUCUGCCAAUUUAGGUCUUAAGAUUCAUAAUUGUAGGAUAUAUUUGUAUAAGCAAAUAUCCCCCCCCCCCCCCAUUUAAUACAAAUACAUUUCUUACAUGGCAGAGCUUCGACAUAGCUAGGGUUAGUGCGCCCCCUGCCCUCGGGUGGACAAAUAUUUUAGCUGCCAGACGUCAUGAAAACGCCUCAGUUGGCCAAAAAUGUGUCUCUGUGGAUACUAUAUGAACUAAUCUACAUCUAAAGGAACUAAGUUUCUUUUUCCAGAUGAUUUUUUAAAAAUAAAAAAUUCUCCAUGAACCUGAACGCAGCUUUACAAAUAAGUAAAUUUGAUCAGCAUGAUCAUCAGCUUUUUUUAAUCUCCUCACUUACUAAACUCUGUUGGCUGCCUUGUGUGGUCAGCCAUGGAGGUAAAUGCCUGCAAUGCAAGGAAGAUUGCUAAGAUAGUAUUUUGUUUUUUUCAUUUGCAUUGAAUGUCAACAUAGAGCCAUUCAUUUAACACUAAUGCUGUUUUAGGAAUAGCCAUCAUUCUAGCAUUGUAGGAUACCACUUAUUCCUUCCAUCAACCACAUUCAAGAGAUGCUAAUUUGGAUAUUUGCUGAGAUAGUUUAAAAUAUAUAUUGUUGUUCGAAACUAUCCAUUGUUGAAAAUUAAGAAAUACAUUUUAGUUUGGUAAUUGUCUCUUCAUCUUGGCAUCCAGGGCCCCAUUAGAUUUUAUUAUAUUUACUCUAUUUUUUCCUUAAAACUUUUAAUUAUUGAAUUUUUUAAAUAAGUUCAGUAUGUAGGCCUACUUUUGAUGAAAACUUAGCCAUUAAAAUUGUCUGUGUCUCCAAGGAUUUGCUUGAACGAGACCAAGUGAACCAUGACAAAAUAGAGAAGCAGCGACAAGAUUUGAUGAAGUAUAUGGAAGAUAAAGAAAACCAGGUUCUGAACUACAACAACCAGCUGUCAACAUUGCAAACGAGACUUGAUGCCGCUCAGAGUGAGGCAGUCAAAUGGGAGAGCAGGUGGACCCACAUCAAGAACACAGCAGCCAAGAAAACUCUCCUGUUAGGGAGGAUCAAAAUGUUUGUGAUGUUUUUCAUAUUAUGGCCUCUUAGUUAAAUUGAAAACAGGAUUUAAACAUUUUAUCACUGUGUUAGGAAUAUAUAUGAAAACAAAACAAAUUAUUCUGAAAAAUAAACUGACCAUAAACACGGCACUUGGGCAUCUUAGGCCAAAUCUCUAUUUCUCUAGGUUCUUAAAGAGACUCAAAAUGAAUUUAACUUGACAGUUUUGUAGAUUUAAUUUAAGAGACUUGUUUGAUAAAAUAAUGUAAAAUAGUCAAUAUGGAAAAAGGAUUCCUUUGGCUUUUUAUAUUCUUUAAGCUGCAUUACGGUGUUAAUAUUUACACUGCAUUCAAUGACACCAACAUUAAAUAAAAGUAUUUUACAUUCCCUUUUUUUUAUCCAGGGCCACACACAACUUGUAUCAGUUGGUGCGAAGUCAUCAGAACCAGUUGGACGAUGUUGAAGACACCAAUGAGCAGCUUUCACAGGUG